GUAAUGGCGACAGCGGAGCGCUCUAAAUAUGUCAGCAAAACAGCACGAAGGGGGAGUGAACUUAUGGACAGCAGUCAUAUUUUGAAGAAACAUUAGAAUAACUCCAUCUAAUUGUGUGCAGGUUCAGUUCGGCCGAAAGCUGUCUGGUUUCCUACCAGUUACUCAGUAGAUGUCCACCCCUUCAGACACUUCAGGUGGAAUGUCCCAUCCUGGACCUUCCCCUGGGGCAGGUCUGUCCCCAGGGCCCAUCUUGGGCCCCAGCCCUGGACCCGAUCCCUCACCAAGCUCUGUUCACAGUAUGAUGGGACCCAGUCCCGGACCUGGGACGCCCAACGCUCCUCAUGGCAUGCAGGGCCAAGGCCAAAGUGAUUACUCUCAGGACAACAUGUAUCCUAUGCACAAGCCGCUGGAGGGGAUGAAUGACAAGUCGAUGGCAGAGGCGAUGCACUUUGGUCACAUGAAAGGCGUGGGGAUGAGAUCUCUCCACAGUGGCAUGGGGCCCCCACAGAGUCCUAUGGACCAGCACAGCCAAGGUUACAUGUCGCCUCAUCCAUCCCCCACGGGAGUCCAUGAGCAUGCUUCUAGUCCCAUGUCAGGAGGUGGAGGUGGACCUACACCUCCACACAUGCCUCCUUCCCACUCAGGCCCCAUGAUGCCCAUGGAUCCCCAAGGAGGCUUGUCCAGCAUGGCCCAGCAGGGGCGAGGACCAUCUGCUUUCAGUCCGGUCCAGCUGCAGCAGCUCAGGGCUCAGAUUCUGGCCUACAAGAUCCUGGGACGUGGGCAGCCGCUGCCUGAAAACCUCCAGCUGGCUGUUCAGGGCAAGAGGAGCCUCCCGACAAUGCAGCAGCAGCAGCCACAACAACCACCGCAGCAGCAGCAGGCGCCUAGUUCCAGCCCUUACAACAGGCCUCCAGGUAUGCCAAUGGCACCUAUGGGUGGUCCGCAGUCAAGUCCCUGCCCAACCCCAGCAUUGCAAGGACACAAUCAAAGCACAGGACCCAAGCCUUGGUCUGAUGGUCAGGUUGGUGAAAAUCAGGCCAAUGUGCAGAAACACCUCACCCCUGUUGCCAGCGGUCGCCCGUCCCCUGCACCACCUCAGACCUCCGGUGUACCAGCUGGGCCGAUACCAGGGGGUUCAGCAACCCCUCAGCCUCCUGGGCAGCAGGUGUCCCCCAUGCUCCAGAUGCAGCAGAAGCAGAACCGCAUCACGCCGAUCCAGAAGCCCCAGGGCCUGGACCCAGUGGGAAUCCUGCAGGAGAGAGAGUACAGGCUACAGGCUCGGAUUGCACAUCGAAUCCAGGAGCUGGAAAGUCUGCCGGGCUCACUGCCUCCUGACCUGAGGACUAAAGCCACAGUGGAGCUCAAAGCGCUGCGUCUGCUCAACUUCCAGCGGCAGCUGAGGCAGGACGUCGUGGCCUGUAUGAGGCGAGACACGACCCUGGAGACGGCCCUCAACUCGAAGGCUUACAGGCGCAGCAAGCGGCAGACGCUGAGGGAGGCUCGUAUGACGGAGAAGCUGGAGAAGCAGCAGAAGCUCGAGCAGGAAAAGAAACGCAGACAGAAACAUCAGGAAUAUCUCAACAGUAUCCUUCAGCAUGCCAAGGACUUCAAGGAUUAUCACCGUUCAGUGUCUGGCAAAAUGCAGAAACUCACCAGAGCCAUCGCCACCUGGCACACCAACACAGAGCGGGAGCAGAAGAAGGAGACUGAGAGAAUUGAGAAGGAGAGGAUGAGGAGACUCAUGGCAGAAGAUGAGGAAGGCUACCGAAAACUGAUUGACCAAAAGAAAGACAAGCGUCUGGCCUACUUGCUGCAGCAGACUGAUGAAUACGUGGCCAACCUCACCACCCUGGUGUAUGAACACAAAGCUGCUCAAGCCGCCAAGGAGAAGAAGAGGAGGAAGAAGAGAAAGAAGAAGGUGGACGGUGAUGGUGAAGGCACCAGCGCAAUUGGACCUGAUGGAGAGCCCAUGGAUGAGAGCAGCCAAAUGAGCGAGCUGCCGGUCAAAGUGAUUCAGACGGAGACGGGGAAAGUUCUGCAGGGAACCGAUGCUCCCAAAUCCAGCCAGCUGGAGGCCUGGCUCGAGAUGAACCCGGGCUAUGAAGUCGCCCCACGAUCUGACAGCGAGGAGAGCGGCUCAGAGUUUGAGGAGGAGGAGGAAGACGAGGUGGCGAAGACAGAAACAGAGGAGAAGAAGAUAAUCGAUCCCAAUGGAGAUAAAGUGACUGUCAAGGCCGCCAAGCACAUCAUCGAAUCGGCCAAGCAGGAUGUGGACGAUGAGUACAGCGUUGCCACCGACCAGACCAGCUCCCACUCUUACUACGGUGUGGCCCACGCCGUCAUCGAGAAGGUGGAGAAACAGUCGUCGCUGCUGAUCAACGGCACGCUGAAGCAGUACCAGAUCCAGGGGCUGGAGUGGAUGGUGUCUCUGUAUAACAACAAUCUAAACGGCAUCCUGGCUGAUGAAAUGGGACUCGGCAAAACCAUCCAAACCAUCGCUCUUAUCACCUACCUGAUGGAGCACAAGAGGCUGAACGGUCCCUACCUCAUCAUCGUCCCUCUCUCGACUUUGUCUAACUGGACAUAUGAACUUGACAAAUGGGCGCCUUCUGUGGUCAAAAUUGCCUACAAGGGCACCCCAGGUUUACGUCGGGGGCUUGUUCCUCAGCUCCGCAGCGGGAAGUUCAACGUCCUCCUGACCACCUAUGAAUACAUCAUCAAGGACAAGCACAUUCUGGCCAAGAUUCGUUGGAAGUACAUGAUUGUGGACGAGGGUCACCGCAUGAAGAACCACCACUGUAAGCUGACCCAGGUGCUGAACACCCACUACGUCGCCCCCCGUCGCCUCCUCCUCACCGGUACGCCGCUGCAGAACAAGCUGCCCGAACUUUGGGCGCUCCUGAACUUCCUGCUGCCCACCAUCUUCAAGAGCUGCAGCACCUUCGAGCAGUGGUUCAACGCUCCGUUCGCCAUGACAGGAGAGAGGGUUGACCUAAACGAGGAGGAGACCAUCCUGAUUAUCCGGCGUUUGCAUAAGGUGCUCCGUCCCUUCCUGCUGCGUAGACUGAAGAAAGAGGUCGAGUCUCAGCUGCCGGAGAAGGUGGAGUACGUCAUAAAAUGUGACAUGUCUGCCAUACAGAAGGUUCUGUACCGCCACAUGCAGAAAGGCAUCCUCCUCACCGAUGGCUCAGAGAAAGACAAGAAGGGCAAAGGAGGAGCGAAGACUCUGAUGAACACCAUCAUGCAGCUGAAGAAGAUCUGCAACCAUCCGUACAUGUUCCAGCACAUCGAGGAGUCUUUUGCUGAGCACUUGGGCUAUCCAAACGGCAUCAUCAGUGGGCCUGAUCUGUAUCGAGCAUCUGGGAAGUUUGAGCUCCUCGAUCGCAUCCUGCCGAAGCUCCAGGCCACCAGCCACAGAGUCCUGCUGUUCUGCCAGAUGACCACGCUCAUGACAAUCAUGGAGGAUUACUUCAGCUACCGCAACUUUCAGUAUUUACGUCUUGACGGGACCACCAAGGCUGAGGAUCGAGCAGCUCUGCUGAAGAAAUUCAACGAGGAAGGAUCUCAGUACUUCAUCUUCCUCCUCAGCACCAGAGCCGGUGGCCUCGGCCUCAACCUGCAGGCCGCCGACACCGUCGUCAUCUUUGACAGCGACUGGAACCCACACCAGGACCUUCAGGCUCAGGAUCGAGCUCACCGCAUUGGCCAGCAGAACGAAGUCCGAGUGCUUCGUCUCUGCAGCGUCAACAGCGUGGAGGAGAAAAUCUUGGCAGCUGCCAAAUACAAACUGAACGUGGAUCAGAAGGUGAUCCAGGCCGGCAUGUUCGACCAGAAGUCCUCGAGCCAUGAGCGCCGAGCCUUCCUCCAGGCCAUCUUAGAGCACGAGGAGCAGAACGAGGAGGAAGACGAGGUUCCGGAUGAUGAAACCCUCAACCAGAUGAUCGCCCGCAACGAAGACGAAUUUGAGCUCUUCAUGCGCAUGGACAUGGACCGACGGCGGGAGGAUGCCAGGAACCCGAAGCGUAAACCUCGUCUGAUGGAGGAGGACGAGCUGCCUUCUUGGAUCAUCAAAGACGACGCCGAGGUGGAACGACUCACCUACGAAGAGGAGGAGGAGAAGAUGUUUGGCCGAGGGUCACGCUGUCGCCGAGACGUCGACUACAGCGACACGCUGACCGAGAAACAGUGGUUACGGGCUAUCGAGGACGGAAACCUGGAGGAGAUGGAGGAGGAGAUCCGGCUGAAGAAGCGCAAACGGAAAAGACGUCAAGACAAGGACUCGUCGAGCAGAGACGAAGGAAGCUCGAAGGCCAAGAAGAGACGUGGACGACCUCCGGCGGAAAAGUUCUCCCCGAACCCGCCCAAACUCACCAAGCAAAUGAACACCAUCAUCGAUACGGUCAUCAACUACAGAGACGGGUCCGGAAGACAACUGAGCGAAGUCUUCGUGCAGCUUCCAUCCAGGAAGGAACUCCCCGAAUAUUACGAGCUGAUCAGAAAACCUGUGGACUUCAAGAAGAUCAAGGAACGUGUGAGAAACCACAAAUACAGGAAUGUGGGAGACUUGGAAAGAGACGUGAUGCUGCUCUGUCAAAAUGCACAGACCUUUAAUUUGGAGGGAUCCCAGAUAUACGAGGACUCCAUUGUUCUUCAGUCUGUAUUCAAGAGCGCCAGACAAAAAAUCGCCAAGGAUGAGGAGAGCGAAGAUGACAGCGAUGACGACGACGACGAUGAAUCAGAGGCUGAGGCCAAGUCUGUGCGAGUCAAGAUCAAGCUGAGCAGGGAGGCUCGAGGCCACGACAAAGGCAAGAAGAGGCAGAGCCGAGGGAAGGCCAAGCCGGUGGUCAGCGACGACGACAGCGACGACGACCAGGACGAUAACGAUCUGUCGGACAAGAGCAAAAGCGACGACGAAUGAGGAAGGACAGACGAGGACAGGAGGAUGUUGUUUAUAGCGCUUAUAAACAAUAAGGACAGUACCUUCCAUGACUGUUGUUCAGGUUCAUCUUAAUUCAUCCGUCUGUAGUGUGUCGUCUUCUCCCACCAGCUUUGAAAUGUAUUACUAACCAUCAGUAACAUACAGCAAUACCAGUCAGCUUAUAUUCCUGUUUCUAACACUCUUUUAUAGUCUAUUUUUUAACUCUGUGCUUCAACAAAGCACAUAAAAUUCUGUAUGGGAAAAAAACAAAAAAACAUUGGCCAUUCUAUACGCGCUUUUGCUUUAUUUGUACUUGCUUGCUUGCACUUUAAAAAAAACCUUAAUAUCCACAUUUUUGAAAUGUGAAAAAAAUAAACUGUAACUGAGGACAUCUCAGCUAAUCUGGAGUCACUGGUGAGAAGGAAUGGCAAUCAGUUUUAAAAACAUUAUUUCAAAAUGUGCACAGUGCCAAAUGUUCAAAUGUAGAGAAACUGACCAUUAGCUAAGCCCCGCCCACCUGCAGCGACUGGCCAAUCACAGCUUAGCAACCGUAUCUGGGCUUAUAUCAGCAUUUACAAACCAGCAAAGUGGAAUUAAAGGAUUUCACACUUUUUUUCCCCUUGGAAGCUGCAAACAGGUCCAGCUGAUCAACUUUCAAUCCUCACUAAAAAUAUUGAUUUGUACAAAGGCCGAGCAGUUAAUAAAUUAUUAUCGACACGUUUAAUAUCCAAAUUAUAGCAGCUUUAUUGAGUAAGCAAAGCAUUUUGACACUACGGAGAUGCCUCGACGUAAUAAAUAUUAUUUUCUAGAUGUAGGGAAACGUGGCUGUUUGGUACAAACCGCAGCAGAAAGCAUAUUUCUUUAUUGAUUUAUUCACUCAGUGGAAGGGAAAUACAAAAAUUAUUAGAUUUUAAACUCUUUUUUCCUACCAGAAUUGCUAUUCCCACAUUGCAGUUGCAUUAUUUGUUUUUAAAAAAAAGUAAAAAUUGCAAUCUGAUUUUUUCUUUGCACAUCAUUUAGCUCUAAUUUCUAAAGUUAUAGUUAAACGUUGCUUUAAGACCAGCAAAAUCUGUAUUAACUAAUGUUUUAAAGUAAUAAUAAUAAUACAUUCUAUUUGUAUGGCGCUUUUUAGAACACACAAAAACACCUUACAUGUAAAAUCAACAAACAUAAAAAAUAAAGGAACAUCAUAUAUAGAGAUAUAUGGGACAGACAAACCGUUUAAACCAUCCUGAAUAAAAAUCUAUCGGAAAAUUCUAUAAUGCUAAAGAUAGUGGUGGUUUUUUUACACGUCCAGCCCCUCUGCUGACAGCCUAGAAAUAUUUUUCUACUACCGAAUUCAAAUUCGCAUUUUAUUUAAUGCAGAUUCACAACAUAUGUCAACUCUCAGCACUUACCUUACUUACUGUUAUAUUACCUACAGUGGUACAUUCUAAUACACAUACUACUGUACUACAUAGCAUGCCAGGAAAUCAUUUAGUACAUCCCAUAUUUUGUUGAGUAAAAACACCAGGAUGUCGUACUGCACCAGUCACACCAUCUAGUAGCUUUUCUGACCCACAAUCCUCUGCAGCAGAAGACCACACAUGCUUGAAUUCUAUUGAAACAACACUGCAGCAAGACGAUCAAAGCUUCAGGGGCCACAUUACGGUCAAUUAGUGACCCGAUAGUACGUUACAGUGUUUGUAGGGGCAUUUGGGACAACAGGAAGUGAGUAAAUCUGCUCAAGUGAAAGCUGCAGUUGUUAGCCUGUUAGGCUAAAGACGGUGUUAUUCAUUCUGCAAACUGAGACCACAAGAGUCCACAUGGAUGCGCCCGUCAAAAAGCAAAAUGUGUCUCCAUGUGGACUACUGCAGUGGUGUGGAAUUCGUACGUACAUGUGUGGAGCAGAGUCCUCCAAGUGGCAACAACAUCUGAACAUCCGUGGUAUAAUCAAGGUUUAACUAACUUUAACUGCUAACCAACUUGUUAAGAACUAACCAAGCCACAUUAAUUAGGGUCAAUAGACACUUUAAUAAAAGCUAGUUUAAGGACGAACAUAUCGGAGCGUAAACUACCACCACUUGGUCUUUUCUGCUGGUUAUACUAUCCAAACACAAGCUAACAUUACUUGAUAAAAGCAGCCACAACUCACCGUGGUCAGCGGUGAGUUGUGGCUGCUUUUAUCAAGUAAUGGUAGCUUGUGUUUUCAGAGUAUGUCCUCUUUCUAAAAAACUUUUCUUAAAGGGUAAACAAACAGCUUCCAUUUAAAGCCAGAUUAACAUCUUUACAUUGCAAUCCAGGAUCUACUAACCUCUAUGUUCAUCACAUGGAUCAAAACUGGCGAAGAUGCCUUUACUCAGACAUGUCAGCAUUUAUAUUUGUGUGGUUAUUUUAGACUCUUUAUACAAGGUUCUCUCAUCGAGAAGAAUUAAAAACUAUAUGGACGUUGCUAAUUGAGCCACUACUAGAUGGUCAGAGUUCUCGUCCAGCUCUGAUUUGCUUUAAACUUUUUCAUCAUCACCUAUGAAUAUUUAAAAUUAAACUUUUACAACUGAAUGAGCAGAUAUUACAAGUAGUAGCACAUAAACAGAAAUAUGAGCAGAUACCAUGACCCAAAUAGUUUCAAAAUUGAUUUUUUAAAAAAAUAUGGACAUAUUUUUCAUUUUUAGACACCACUUUAUCACCAUAAACCAAUAAAAGUUGUGUCUAGGCUGCCACAGUUGCCCUCAGAAAUAUAGAAAAUCCACUGUGGAUCUUAAAAUCUAACUGCUGAGUGACAAAUAACUAGGUUCCACUUGGCAAAAUGUUCCUUUAAGUAAUACAUGGCAGGUUAAUAUGAGAAGCUAAUUAAAGUAGAACUACACAUGAAGGAUCUCUGCAGUCCAAAUACUCCCAUCUAUCUGAUUUUACUGAUGCUCUGAUUUAAAUCUCCUUUAUUUGAAGGAGGUUUGUGUCAUUUCUUUGGGAAUUAUCACUAUUAGAUGGGCAUCAACAAUAGAACCAAACACACAGAUCUGUUGGGAUAGUAGGAGUUUUUUAGUGGGAAAUUUAUCGCAUCUUGACAUAUUUUUAACAGUUUUGAUUGGAGGUGGAAGGACCUAUUAGCUAAACAUGAGAAUUUCUAGUCUACAAACGGCAGGGUUCAGCCAACGGUCAAAUCCAAAAACACCACGUUUGUGAAAGCACAGACAAAUGUACCUAAAAUGAUUAUAUUUAUAAUUCUCUAGAGAUGCCAUACAUGCUGAAUGUUUUAUAAACAGCUUUUAUUAACUAAAAUGUACUCAUCCAUCAUUUAGGCAAGUCCAUGUGUUCCAUGUAUUCUUUCUUCUUUCAACAAGUUGUGUAUCAGCCUCAUUUUCUCAUUGACAGAAAGAAACGUUUUGAUUAUUUUGAUUGAGAAAUCAGCCUUAAGAGCAGUAUCUCAUUUCAGAGAAGCAGAUUAACGGGGAAUCAUCUUGGAUUUAAUUCAGCAUCUAUCGUAGCAGCACCUGUAGCGUUUAGAGAAAAUAAAAACAAGUCUUUGCUAGAUUUUUUUUUUUGCGGACUUUGAAACACAGCUGACAACAACAAAUAUGACAAAACAGUGUUAUAAGAUUUAAACUUUUGAAUGACUGUAACGGUAUAUUUUAAACAAUGUAUUGAUUUCUACAUUUUGAUUGAGGUGUUUGUGUUUCCUUGUGAAUUAGCUCCAAGCCCUCAUUUUAUCGGUUUAUCUUGUCGUUUGUAGCAUGAACUCUUUCGGAAAUAUACUGCAGAUAUAUCAUUUUUUUGUUUGUGUAAAAUGUGCUCGCCGACUCUCCAUAAGUGUGACUUAAUCUUUGCUUUCUUUGCACAGUGUCUUUGUGGUUGUACGUCAUAGCCUGGGGCAAAUAAAUAUCACUGAUUUUCAGCACAAAA